AUGUCCGGUGCUGAGGCAAUUUUCGGGGUAAUUGCUGGAGGAGUGAGCUUGGUCUCGCUUGGUAUUCAGCUUAGUGGGAGCGCUGUGAAACUCAAAAGAAUGCUCUCUACUGCGAAGAAUGCGCCACAAACGAUUUCGCAAUACGUAUCCAGCCUCGAAACUAUGGCCGCCGCGUUACAGCUACUUGAACAUCACCAGCAGUAUGACGCGCAAAGCGGAGCCCUCCUUGCACGAUGUAUAACAGCGUUUCGAGAAAGUACCCUUCGAAUACAGCAACUAGUGGACAAGAUCGAGCACUACAUGACAGCAUAUAACAGGGUGGGGGGCAAAUUGUACACCGUGUAUAAAGAACGAGAAGUGAAAGAGCUCUUUGAUGAUCUAGAGAGGGCAAAGAGCUCACUAGAGCUUGCAUAUAUUAUCUAUAUGGACGCUGAGCAGAGACGGCGACAUCAAGCGCAUGAUGACACGCUUGCCCGGAAUAGCACAUUACUGAGCGAUCUCCAAGCGGAGAUACGGUCAGGAAACGCCGAUAUUACACAACAGCUGAGACGACUUCUUCAAUCUCCAACAGUACCACAGCAGGGUCAGCUGGUCGUCACUGACUCCCGUAUAGCCACAGCAAGGGAGCUGAUGUUAAGAGGAGAAGCUGAAACCAAUCCGGACGAUAUGUCAAGCAGCCGCGAUGAUCAUAAACAAUGCGGUCGCCCUCUUGCAGUAAAGCAGUCCCGGCGAAAGAACAGGAGAGCACAUAUUUGCAUUCGCUUGCCGAGCCAACUUUAUCGUCGCGUAUGGGAGUUCUCGGUGACCAGCUCUCAAUCUCUCUGGAGUCUACAUUUGCAUACCUAUAACAUCGUUCCGGAGAACUCGCUUAUUUUUCGAUACUGUGAGCUUGGAGAUGUUGCAGCGAUGCAGAGGCUCACUACCAGCGGAGAAGCAUCACUCUUAGAUACGUACGAGGAGGGUUGGCGCAAUUGGACCUUGCUUGAGGCCGCUGCUUUGAAGGGGCAGCUCGAAGUGUGUCGAUACCUUCUCAAUCAAACAGAUUGGCCGGACCAGGCGGCAGUACUGAGCCGCGCUCUAAGUUGGUACGUUAACCUGAAUGACGGCAAAAAUGCUGUAGAAAUGUAUCGUCUUUUCCUUGAGGCUCCUGGUUUCGAUGCUGAUCUUGAUGAUACCGAGCUUGGUUAUUACUGGCUAAAGUUAUGCCCUAAUACGCCGUGUCUCCACUUAAUUCUCGAGAACUUACAUUCGGGAUUCUUCUCCCUCCCAGUAGAGAUUAGAUUCGACUUUGUCGUCCGAGUCGGCUUUCACCAUACUGAUAUAAAGCCAUCUGGGUUUCUCAAAUGCAUCGGCUUGCAACAAUCCGAUCAGAGGCUUGCCUCUUUAAGAAGUAUCAAUGGCAUUUCAGUUCUGCACUACAUUGCAUGCCACCUGUCGUGGGUUUUGCGCGCAUGUGCUGGGAAAGAUGAGUUACAAGGAUGGCUUGAUCUGGGAAUAAGUGUGUUAAAUAACGGUGCUGAUCCUUCUUGUAUUGCACGAAGGAAAUGUCUGUGGUAUAUUGAUGGAAUAUACCAAAACAUAGACCCUCACCCAUCUUCUAAGGCAAAAGAAGAAUUGGAAAGCACACCCCUCAUGGACGCUCUGGACAUAAAAUACUGGCAAGUCACCGACCAUUCUCGUGCCAUCAUAUUUGAAACCAUGCAAAUCUGGACUGGGAUGCUUCAACAAGCUGGCUUUGACCUUCGCGACUAUGGCGAUAAGGAGAGUCAAGUCUGGAAAUCACUCGGCAUUGAAGAAAUUUCCAAAUUCUAUCAAGCGUCUUCUUACGCUUUGCGAGUUGAGCAACUUGUUUACGGACCCACACCGGCAAACUGGAGUCUGCUGGUUCGUAGGCCCAUUAGUAUCUACAAAUUAAAGCUUCACCCACCGCCAGGAGCAUUUCCCGAGGAACCCGAUCUCCCGAGAACGAUCAUAUGGAACCCGACGGAUAAAGAAAGGGAUGAAGGUCAUUGGGAAUUUGUGGAGGAGAGGAGAAUGCAGACCAGAUAUUACGAUCUCAGAGAUGGACCUUCUGCAUCAAAAGAGCCUUUCGAGGAGCUCGUUGAUUGUGUUCAAGACGAUUUGGGUGCCAUCAUGUUGAUGCAUCAGCGAGCAUCUCGUCCACGAGCCUCUGCCUCGAGAUCGCAUAGUCAACCUCGACAAAUGAAUCAUAGAGAAGUGGCUUAUGAUACAAAGCAGGAAACUUGUGGCAGAAAUUCAUGGUUGGGAACAUAUCACCUUUGCCCUUUGGAUUCAAAAUGGCGGUUGGGCCUCAUUGUUAGUGACAGGAUCGAUGAUGAGGGAGAUCUGAGAAGUUGUACCGAAGGAAUAUCAAAUGAGCGGCACGCAGUGCAAGAAUCAUGGUUUUGGCAGGAUUUCAGUUUUCUCGGACGCAUCGCUAGGUGUCAAGACAAGUAUAGGGAACGAGAGUAUGACUGGGUCUGGGGUCGCUUACCGAGAAGCAUGAGGCAUACUGCCACUCAAAGUUGUCCCCUGGGCUGUAGCAAGGUUCACCUAGAUCGGAUUCAGGUGCCGGAAGCACUUCGAGACUUUCAUCCAAGGCGAGAAUAUGGAGAAGAUUUGAGGGUUGAAGAUGAUCACUAUGAGGAGACAUGA